AUGGCCUUCCCACCGCAGACCUUGCCAGGGACUUUUCCGCCGGCCACGCUGCCUCCCACAGGCCUGCCGCAGAUGAAUCCGCAACUGCUGCAGCAGCAGCAAUACCUGCAGUAUGUGAUGAUGCUGCAGGCGCAAGGCCAGGCUGCUGCCACCGCUGCGACCACUGCCACGGGCGCGGCUCCCGCACCAGCGCCCGACUCCUCGCAGAUGCUGCAGCAGCAGAUCAUGCAGCAGAUGCAGCACCAGAUGGCGCCUGAACCCGAGGAGAUCAAGGAGGUGAACGGGGACAAGGGCAAGGCCAAGGCGAAGGCCAGGGGGAAGAAGAUCAGCUCCAGCGGGUCCCGGAGCCCCAGCCGGAAGAAGAAGAGCCCCAGCCGACGGAGGAAGCGCAGCUCCAGUUCCAGCAAAAGUAGCCGCAGCCGGAGCCGGAGCCGCCGCAGCCGACGCAGAGGCCGGCGCAGCCCCAGCCGGCGCCGCCGCAGCCCCAGCCGCCGCCGUCGCAGCCCCCCCCGCGGAGGCGGAGGCGGAGGCUAUGGCGGUGGUGGUGGUGGCCCCCGCUUUGGCGGAGGAGGCGGAGGAGGCGGAGGCGAGAUGUGCGGGGACUUCAAGCGGGGCAGGUGUACUCGUGGCACCGCGUGCCGAUUUUCCCACGGGGAUGAUGGCCCCAGCCGCAGCGAGCCAGUGGGGACGUUCAAGGCGCCGAGCGGCCCGGCGCCCACGAGCCUCGCGGCGCUGAAGCCGCCGCCCUCCAUGGCGCAGAUCAACUCGGACCCCUCGGCGCACAACAGUGGGGCUACUGUCCAGGACCAAGAGAUCAAGGUGAUUGAUGCAAGAGGACAGAUGAUGUCCCAGUUCCCGCGCUACGCGACCUUCCAGGACGCGCCCUUCUGCGCGUCCAUCCAGGCGGACCUGGCCAAGGCGGGUUUCCCCGCGCCCUCGCAGAUCCAGCAGUACGCGUGGCCCUUGGCAAUGCAGGGCUACGAUGUGAUUGGAGUGGCUGCCACUGGUAGCGGCAAGACGCUGGGCUUCCUGCUGCCGGCUUUCCACUUCCUCAUGGAGCGCCAGAUCCGAGCAGGAGACCCCCAACUGCUUGUGAUGGCGCCAACCCGAGAGCUCGCAGUACAGAUCGAGGAGGAGGCGGUGAAGUUCGGCAGGGCGAGCGGCAUUAAGACCUGCUGCUGCUACGGUGGAGCACCAAAAGGGCCCCAGGCUAUGUCGCUGAGGGACGGCGUGCAUGGCGUCAUCGGAACUCCGGGCCGGAUCAACGACUUCCUGGAGGGCAAUCAGAUCCGGAUGCAGGACGUGUGCAAGCUGGUUCUGGACGAGGCCGACCGCAUGCUGGACAUGGGCUUCGAGCCGCAGAUCCGCAAGAUCCUGGCGAAGGUGACCAAUCCCUACCGCCACACCAUGUUCUUCACCGCGACCUGGCCCCAGAGCAUCCGACGCCUGGCGUCCGAGUUCCUCCGGAACCCAAUCCAAAUCCAAAUCGGCAAUCGAGAUGAGUUGAAGGGCAACCAGGACAUUGUGCAGAUUGUGACUCCCUGCACGAUGUCCAACAAGAACCAGAUCUUGCUGCAGGUCUUGUCCCAGUCAGGUGUCGGGGACCGCCACAACAGCGCGGCCAAGGCCAUCAUUUUCUGCUCCACGAAGCGAAUGUGCGACCAGCUGCAGCGGGACCUGCAGCGGAACGGGGUGCCCUGCGCAGCCAUCCAUGGCGACAAGGGCCAGCGCGAGCGCGAACAUGCGCUCGGGGAACUGAAGACCGGCGCCAUGAAAUUGAUCUGUGCCACGGACGUUGCAGCACGAGGCAUCGACGUCAAAGGCGUGACGCUGGUGGUGAACUACGACGCGCCGGGCAACACAGAGGACUAUGUGCAUCGAAUUGGCCGAACAGGCCGUGCUGGCCAGAAAGGCUAUGCCGUGACUCUGAUCUCGGACAAAGACGCCCACGCCUUGCGCGGCAUCAUUGAGGUGAUGCGGCGGACCAACCAGGAAGUGACUCCUGACGUGGAGGCUAUGUCCCGCAAUGCGGGGCCGCCACCGCCGAGCGGCCGCGCUUUGCGCGGCAAGGGCCGCUGA